AUGGAGCGAGGUGAUGGUCAGCACGACAACUUGCUGGCUUUUCAGGCCUUCCUAGACUCUUCGCCUGAAGCGAGAGAGCCGGUAGUGGAAAUCACAGCUUUCAGACGUCUAUGUGCGAAGGGUAUUCCGGACCACCCGAAACAUCUAAGACCCCUGGCAUACUCCUUGCUGCUAGAGAUACUCCCAGCCAACAAGAGGGAAUGGAGGUCGCAGCUCAGACGGCGGAGGAGGGAGUACCACGAGCUCGUCCAGAGGUAUAUGACGGAGCUAGAAGCCAUGGACCUGGUGACCAUCAUCACCCUUGGAUCAGAGGGACAAACUGCUACGCUCGACUGCUGUCGAAGUCGAACAGCUCAUACCGAGGUUCACGUAUCUCAAGGGUCAUACAAUCGUUUCGAGUGCAUCACCACUCAGACCAUCUUCAUCAGACGGGUCAGGAAUGGGUAG